AUGGAAAUCAACCCAGUCGAACCCGCGAUGCUUCCUCCCGGCGAACUCAGGAUGCGCGUGGAUACUAUAUUGGAGCAGGAGAAGCAGCCGAUUCUCGAACUGUACAGAUUUCACCCUAUAGAUGAACUGCUCCAAUACUUGAGGAUAUUACACGGUGUCUCUGUGCAGAGGAAGCAACUCAUCUAUAAAUUAGGAAUUUGGGGAGCCUCCAAAGACACCACACGUGAUAAGGCAGACUUUUCUUCAUUGCUAGGUCAGCAUAUCGUGGAAUUAGUCAAGACGGGUUCCCUGUUCGCAGACUCCAUCACCAAGGGAUAUCACUUGUUUAAGUGGGCCAAUGAAGCCGGCCAAAUCAUCCAGUAUUUCCGCAUCAACGGCAGUCAUGACACACUUUCACCUUCAUCCCUGACAAAACUGUUGGAAGACCUCGAUGAACUCAUCACGGAUGAGCACCCCCAGCUGAUGAGAGUGCUCUUUGGCGUUUGGGAUGGUAUUACACAGAUUGAUGAUACCAAAACUGCGAGCCGAUACUUCAUCGAUCAAGUUUAUGCUCUCUGCCAGAAGCUUCUCGGCAAGGACAGUCUCAUCACAAAAGCCUUCGAUUGUCUCCAAUUCGGUCAUUUCAAGCCAGCAGAGUGUCUGGAGCUCCUCGAGCUCCUUCCAGCAAAGAUUUUCGCUCAGAGAUCUGAAAGCCUUGGCCCGAAUUUCCAGACGAACGACAAGACGGACGACAAAACGAACGACGCAACAAGCGACUAUCAGACCGCAUCCUCAGAGAGUAGGAAUACGGCUCGUGAUUUCUGGACUCGAAAGCCCCAAACCCUGAAACCAAACUUUGGGAAUGUUGAGAGGAGCGACUACCUCGGAGAAUCCUUUCUACUUGCACAUUCGGGAAGGAAAAGCCGCCGUCAAAUUGAUCCAGUCUUCAGGGAAAGCAAAGACUUACAGGUCUUGGCUAGUCGGCAUCCUCCUGAGAAUAACGACGAGCAAGAAGGGCGAUACUCAAGAAAGGGUCUUCCACUCCACUUUACUAACACCAGUAUACACCUACCACCAAGUCUCGUGGUAUCGCCACAAAACGCUAAGGACUUUGCAGCUACCAUUUUCAUGCGCAGCCAGACAAAAUUAUCCAUCGAAUGUUCCGACGAACUCGACACUGAAGACUCCUGGCCACCACAGAGGCCCGGACAUGUAUCUCCACCAGUUUUGGAGCACGUGGGACAAUCAUCGAUCAAAACUUUUGGAUACAAUCCCUCAAAGAACUCUUUAGAAGGUAUCGACUUCGAUGUUCUUGAGCUCUCGGACAAUCAAACAUCUGAUUGUCAAACGCCUGAUCAUGAAUCGCCUGAUUAUCGGUUGAAGACUCAAAGCACUUGGUCGCCGCAUGAGAAUGAGCGUCAAGUGGCUGUGGGUGAGAGUUCAGUCUCCCAAUACGGAGAGUCAGAUAUUGCGAGCGAUUCGACGGCGGAUAAACAACAACAACAAAUGCGAGCAAGGGAAGCGGAGAGGCGCCAGAUCGUUCAAACAGUCAUGGAUGCGUUUAUUCACGACUUGGAUAGUCACUUAGAGGAUAUCACCGGCAGUUUUGUCGCUAUCAAAGAAGAGGAUGCAGGUGAACCUGCCCAAGUUUCGCCUCAGGCCGAGGGGUCAACUAUGCGUGAACGGAGCCAAAUGCCUCGAAAAAGACAUAAAUCAUGCGACGGAAAACAAGGAACUGGGGGAUGGAGAGACCAGGGCAAGUCCGGUGACAAAGAUGAAUGCGACGAAAGCGAUAACGAAGAGGACGGCGGUAAGAAGAGGACCCGCAAAGUACCACGCUGCCGAGAUGAAAUGGGAGGCAUCUUAUUUGCGUGUCCGUUCUUCAAGUGGAAUCCUCUAGCAUACGUGAGGAAGAAAGACUGUUCAGGUCCGGGAUGGGAGUCAGUGCAUCGCGUGAAAGAGCACCUCUAUCGGCGCCAUGAGAGACCACCGUUCCAAUGCAGCAGAUGUUGCAAUUGGUUUGACAAACAAAGUGCACUGGACUGGCAUCUCAGAGUCGGAUCCAUCGAUCAGCUUUGCGACAUCAUCAACGAAUCAGAUUUACUCAGGGAGUUCAAGUUUGGCCCUGACGCUAAGAGGCAGCUCAAGGUGAAAUCUUCGCCGAAGCAAACAGAGGCAGAAAGGUGGAAGGCAGUAUACAGGAUACUCUUCGAUGUAAGGGAAGAUGAAAUACCCACACCUUACUACGACCACGACAUCACGGCUCUCGGCCGGGAAGAGUCCUGGAAAGAAUAUGCUCGACGGGAGAUCAUGAUACUCCUCCGACAGCGUAUCGAGGCGGAGGUUGAACAGAGAUUUGCGAACGUGGAACCGGAGCUUAUAGCAGGACUGCGAGGUGUUGUCCAUGAUCUGGAGCUCACGAUGAGGCGCAACUUCGAAAGGAGACAAGAGGAAGCUCGAAACUUGAAUCGACGAGGGUCACCAUCAAUGAGGCCGCCGCCGCCGCCGCCGCCGCCGCCGAUGCCGCUAGCAGCUCUCGACGAAUCCUCGACAAAUACGGCCCGGACACCUGGUAACGACGAGGGAGAGGUGGCAGCGGUACCGCAAACCGUUCUCAAUACGGAUAAUAACUUAGCGGGACACCUUUCCCUCGAUGAUUCGCAGCAGGAAGUUCACUCUGCCCGGUCGGAAGCGACCGGCAUGGAUACGCUGAACUGGAGAUUCCUCGAAGGAGAGGAACCACUGGAUCCUUCACUGUUGGAUGCUGACUUUGACUUUGACUUCCUCAACUAUGACGGAGGCAACAGCACGUUCUGA